CAGUGCCAUAUCUCUCAAGCCGAACAUCUCAGCACAAUUUCCCAUAUCAGGCACUAGCAGUUGGCUGUGCUAUGGUGAUGAUGGUUAGAGACUGAAUGUGUUCCGAGUGCGGGGCUUGCACGUUUUUGAAGGCUUUGGGGAAAUGGAAAGACGUCCAUGGCUAUGGAACUAGACAUCUUAUUGACAAUCAUGAUGUUUUUGUUACAAUGCUUUAAUUAGUAUGUACUCGAAGUGUGGGCUCUCAUCAAUGCUGGGCAGAUAUAUCAGAAAUGUAGUUUCUUGGAUUUUCAAUGACCAAUGACUAUAGACUUAUAGUGAUGAUAAUUAUCUGAAUGCUGGAUUUGGAGGAAUUGUGUUUCAUUAGGAAAAGAACGGAUACUGCUUUCUUUACCUUUCUCCUACAUCAAUCAGGUAACCUUUUUCUUAUAUGAGAGAAAAUGGAAAAUGAAAACUUAGUUGCCUAAACGCUCGAGUCAUCCUUAACUUUAAAGUCACUCCUCUCCUUAACCAAACAGGCUUUGCAAAUCACAAUUCAAAACCCGAACGCAAUGGUCCUUUAACUGCAAAUGCAAAUCCAAAUCAAAAGCAAUAAUGCAACACAAGUCCGAAUCUAAUAACCCAAAUGUACAGUAAAUAUAAGUACUAGGCAGUGGCAGCUCCAAAAGUCCCCAUAAGCCUUUCCUCUGAUUACAAAGUGUGUCCUUACAGUUUUUCUCUGCUUCCUUUUUUUAAGAUGCCAAGUGAUUGUGAAGUAUGGCAACCAGAAAAUCCAGAAAUCGACCAAUUAUACGACACUUCUUCUGCAGAACCCGAGUUCUUGAUUGAGCUUUAUGCUUCCAUUGGUGAAAGUGUGCACUAUGAAAAGUUCAAUGCGCGGUGCCACCUUUUGACAGAUAGUAGGACAUCCUGGUCUGUAAUAUCCAUCAUGCUUUCUCAGGUGGGGGUUCCCUAUCAUGUUCAGCCAUUAAUGAUCCAAAAGAUUUCGACUGAUGCUCACCAGAUAGCCAAUGAUCCUGGUAACAUGUACCUCAACACUAUUCCGAUGGUAGUGUCUCUUAGAGUACCUCAAGACGGAUUGCCUGAAUUUCCCGUCCAUGAGAUAAGGUUUGUGCCCACCAGUAAGUCAGCAAUAGAAGAGAUGCUUGAGUCGAGGGUGAAAAUUGAAGGUUGCGAAGAGCAAUGCAUGGUAUGUUUGGAUGAAAUUCUGAUAGGGGGUGAAGCCACAUGCAUGCCUUGCUCGCAUGUGUUUCACGAAAGUUGUAUAGUGAAUUGGCUGCAGAAGAGCAAUCUUUGCCCAUUGUGUCGAUUUGAGAUGCCUGCCGAAUACGCAUGACAUCUCUG